GCUGGCGGGAGACUCGGACUCCCAGGAGGAAGCGCACGGCAAGCUCGUGCUCUGGUCGGGAACUUGCUCUGCACUCUGGAAUAUACUCUGAAGGCUGGGAGCAGCCACAGGCCUCAGACAAAUAAUCACAAGAGCUAACAUUUCCUGAGCGCUUACUACAUGACAGGUACUGUGCCAAGGGCAUUUAAAGCAUUAUAACACUUUUCACAGCAGUUCCAUAAGGUAAAUCUAUCAUCCCUAUUUUACAGAUGAGGCAACUGAGGCUAAAGAUAAAGUACUUUGCCCAAGAUCCUACAGCCAGGAAAGAGUGGAGCCAAGAUUUGGACCCAGGCUGGGCAAUUGCCAUGCACAUGCCCCUUACCCCUCUACUAUAUUGCCUUCCCCCAAAAAGAGUGGUUACCUGUCUCUACCACCCCCAGCCUGGAAAUGUGACUGGCACCCUUGUUGGCUCUCACAUCCUCAUAUUCUCUCCUAAUGCAACUUCUUGCUUGGGAAAUAGAUACUGCUGAAGCAGAGUUGAUUGAGGAAGGGCUUCUGUGAUGGGCAGGCGGAGGACUAGGCUGGGGAUGGGUGCUGGGAGAUUGCCGCCUGUUUCUGUCUUGCUGACAACAUUUUUCCCCUCUCCGCACUGGACAGAGCGUCUUCUGUUCCUCUCCAUCUGACUUCCUGCUUCCUCCUCUGGCUUUGGAGUGCCUGGCUCCUCUGACUACCUCUUCUUAAGCCCCCAUCUCUUCUCUCUCUCACUCCGCUUGGUAAGAGGAACAAGGGUUCUGGGGUCUGGGCAAAGGGAAACAUCUCCUGGUUCUAGCAAAUGGGCCCCGUGAGGGUUGGGUGCACCCCUGAAAAGGUAAAUCCACCCCGGGGAGCUCUACCAGAGGCAUUACCACUCCCUGGCAGGGCAUCUGGAAGUGGCAGUUCUUUUCUUAAAACUUAAAUGAUAGUGAGCAUACAGAAUAGCGCACAGACCAUGAGCUUGGUUUCCACAAGGUGAAUACACUCAUGUAACCAGUAUCAGAUCGGGAGAUAGAACAUUCCCAACAGCCCAUGUAACCAGUACCAGAUCAAGAAAUAAAACAUUCCCAGCAGCCCAGAGGUUCCUCUCCAGGCUCUCUUCUAGUCACCGUCCCUAGAGUAGAGGGCUGGGGCAUUUUUGUUUGUCACAAUCACUUCUGGGUUCUACUGGCAUUGAGUUGGCAGAGUCUAGUGUCUGCAAUGCAUAGGAGAGUCCUACAGUAUAAAGAACUGUCCUGCCCAGAUGCACUGUUGAGAAACACUGUACAUGCCAGGUCUGACCAGUGAUGGGCUGCAGUGUGGCAAAGGCCUGGAGGACAGGGGUGAAGCUGUGUCUGUGGGUCAGAGUGAGGAGGGGCCUUCACUGCGAUGCUGUUGCCACCCCCAGGCCUCCGGAAUGCCCCCCGCUGCUGGGCAGUGAUCCAGCCCCUGCUGUGUGCCGUAUAUAUGCCCAAGUGUGAGAAUGAUCGGGUGGAGCUGCCCAGCCGCACCCUCUGCCAGGCCACCCGAGGCCCCUGUGCCAUCGUGGAGAGGGAGCGGGGCUGGCCUGACUUCCUGCGCUGCACUCCUGACCGCUUCCCUGAAGGCUGCACGAAUGAGGUGCAGAACAUCAAGUUCAACAGUUCAGGCCAGUGCGAAGUGCCCUUGGUUCGGACAGACAACCCCAAGAGCUGGUACGAGGACGUGGAGGGCUGCGGCAUCCAGUGCCAGAACCCGCUCUUCACCGAGGCUGAGCACCAGGACAUGCACAGCUACAUCGCGGCCUUCGGGGCCGUCACGGGCCUCUGCACGCUCUUCACCCUGGCCACAUUCGUGGCUGACUGGCGGAACUCGAAUCGCUACCCUGCUGUUAUUCUCUUCUACGUCAAUGCGUGCUUCUUUGUGGGCAGCAUUGGCUGGCUGGCCCAGUUCAUGGAUGGCGCCCGCCGGGAGAUCGUCUGCCGUGCAGAUGGCACCAUGAGGCUUGGGGAGCCCACCUCCAAUGAGACUCUGUCCUGUGUCAUCAUCUUUGUCAUCGUGUACUACGCCCUGAUGGCUGGUGUGGUUUGGUUUGUGGUCCUCACCUAUGCCUGGCACACUUCCUUCAAAGCCCUGGGCACCACCUACCAGCCUCUCUCGGGCAAGACCUCCUACUUCCACCUGCUCACCUGGUCACUCCCCUUUGUCCUCACUGUGGCAAUCCUUGCUGUGGCGCAGGUGGAUGGGGACUCUGUGAGUGGCAUUUGUUUUGUGGGCUACAAGAACUACCGAUACCGUGCGGGCUUCGUGCUGGCCCCAAUCGGCCUGGUGCUCAUCGUGGGAGGCUACUUCCUCAUCCGAGGAGUCAUGACUCUGUUCUCCAUCAAGAGCAACCACCCCGGGCUGCUGAGUGAGAAGGCUGCCAGCAAGAUCAACGAGACCAUGCUGCGCCUGGGCAUUUUUGGCUUCCUGGCCUUUGGCUUUGUGCUCAUUACCUUCAGCUGCCACUUCUACGACUUCUUCAACCAGGCUGAGUGGGAGCGCAGCUUCCGGGACUAUGUGCUGUGUCAGGCCAAUGUGACCAUCGGGCUGCCCACCAAGCAGCCCAUCCCUGACUGUGAGAUCAAGAAUCGCCCGAGCCUUCUGGUGGAGAAGAUCAACCUGUUUGCCAUGUUUGGAACUGGCAUCGCCAUGAGCACCUGGGUCUGGACCAAGGCCACGCUGCUCAUCUGGAGGCGUACCUGGUGCAGGUUGACUGGGCAGAGUGACGAUGAGCCAAAGCGGAUCAAGAAGAGCAAGAUGAUUGCCAAGGCCUUCUCCAAGCGGCACGAGCUCCUGCAGAACCCAGGCCAGGAGCUGUCCUUCAGCAUGCACACCGUGUCCCAUGACGGGCCCGUGGCGGGCUUGGCCUUUGACCUCAAUGAGCCCUCAGCUGAUGUCUCCUCUGCCUGGGCCCAGCAUGUCACCAAGAUGGUGGCUCGGAGAGGAGCCAUACUGCCCCAGGAUAUUUCUGUCACUCCUGUGGCAACUCCAGUGCCCCCAGAGGAACAAGCCAACCUGUGGCUGGUUGAGGCAGAGAUCUCCCCAGAACUGCAGAAGCGCCUGGGCCGGAAGAAGAAGAGAAGGAAGAGGAAGAAGGAGGUGUGCCCGCUGGUGCCACCCCCUGAGCUUCACCCCCCUGCCCCUGCCCCCAGUACCAUUCCUCGACUGCCUCAGCUGCCCCGGCAGAAAUGCCUGGUGGCUGCAGGUGCCUGGGGAGCUGGGGACUCUUGCCAACAGGGAGCGUGGACCCUGGUCUCCAACCCAUUCUGCCCAGAGCCCAGUCCCCCUCAGGAUCCAUUUCUGCCCAGUGCACCGGCCCCCAUGGCAUGGGCUCAUGGCUGCCGACAGGGCCUGGGGCCCAUUCACUCCCGCACCAACCUGAUGGACGCAGAACUCAUGGAUGCAGACUCGGACUUCUGAGCCUGCAGAGCGGGACCUGGGACAGGAAAGAGAGGAACCAAUACCUUCAAGGCUCUUCUUCCUCACCGAGCAUGCUUCCCUAGGAUCCUGUCUUCCAGAGAACCUGUGGGCUGACUGCCCUCCCAUCAGAGUUCUGGAUGUCUGGCUCAAAGCAGCAGGACUGUGGGAAAGAGCCUAACAUCUCCACGGGGAGCCCUCACCCCAGGGACAGGGCCCUGGAGCUCAGGGUCCUUGUUUCUGCCCCAUCAGCUGCAGCCUGGUUGGCAGCAUCUGCUCCAUCGGGGCAGGGGGUAUGCAGAGCUUGUGGUGGGGCAGGAAUGGUGGAGGCAGAGGUGACAGUUCCAAGAGUAGGCUGUGGUGGCCAGGGAGGCAGCCUAGCCCGUGUCUGGCAGAUGAGGGCUGGCUGCCGUUUUCUGGGCUGAUGGGUGCCCUUUCCUGGCAAUCUCAGUCCAAAAGUGUUGUGUCAUUAGUCCUUUGUCUAAGUAGGGUCAGUGUGCCCUAUUCCUCUCCCAGGUGUUUGUGGGGCUGGAAGGACCUGCUCCCACAGGGGCCAUGUCCUCUCUUAAUAGGUGGCCCUACCCCAAACCCAUCUUUUGUUCUCCUGUAUCCUCCUUCUCCUGUUCCAUUUCAGUUCAGUUUCAGAGGUGCCAACCUCUUCACAUUUCCUUUUUGUUGAUGAGGACCCAAAGCUGCUGCACACACUCACCUCCAACCCCCUCCCCACGCUGCUGGGCCCCAUCUCCACAGGAGAGACUGGUUUAGCUCUAGGGCCUCAGCCUGGAGUGGGAUAGGAGCAGUGAGUGAUAAGGCCUCUAAAAGAUGCAUCAUCUCUUCCUCACACCCAUUCAGUGAGGGAUGGGUCCUCUAGACUUGAGGGGCUACCCUGGGAAGCUGCUGUAGCUUCAGCCAGGCAAGAAAGCUUCCUUCAACCUGCAUAGCCGGUGGGUGAGGAGAUGCCCACCUUCCAUAGCCUCCAACCAUGUUCCCAAGGCCCCACUUUCAAGAAUUAGCAGGAAGCCAUAGAUGCUGGCUGGGUUCCAGGUUAUGGGGAGAAGAAAUACAGUCAAUAAAAGGUUUUUGUAUAAA